AUUCAUUUGAGAAGCUGGGGCUGAAACAAACAGACAGCUACAAUCCACUGCACGAGAAAGAUGCUGGCUGUGUUAGUAUUGCUCAUGAUAGGGCUGGUUCCUGGCAACCUUGCCUGUCCCGAUGGGACAAAAUGUCAAGACAAAAAUACUUGCUGCCCAACUAGGACAGGAUAUGGAUGCUGCAAAUAUCAAUCUGCUGUAUGCUGUUCGGACAAGGCCCACUGCUGUCCACAAGGAUACCAGUGUGACGUAAAAAAUCAGCUGUGUAUAAAAAAGGGGCUUCCAUGGCAUGGAAUCCCUCUCUCUCCUCAGUUACCUGCACAGAAGGAAGAGCGGAAUGCUCCUGCUCCUUUGGUGAAAUCUGACAACUUCUCUGUCUCUGUGAUUUUUUGUGACAGCAACAAUUACUGCCCUGAUAGUACAACCUGCUGCAGGACUCCUUUUGGGCAGUGGACAUGCUGCCCACACAUUGUGGGUCAGUGCUGCCGUGAUGGUCUCCACUGCUGCCCCUUUGGUUUUCGCUGUGACAGCACGUCUACUCGCUGUUUCAGGGGAGAACUGAGUCUUCCUGCAUCUCCACAGAUUGCUGCCAUUCAGAGCAACAGCAUCCAGACACCUGCAGAGGACGAACAGAAGAAUGUCCCUGCUCCUUUGGUGAAAUCUGUAAAUGAAAAGGACUCUGUGGUUCGCUGUGACCGCAACAAUUACUGCCCUGAUCGUACGACGUGCUGCAGGACUCCUUUUGGGCGGUGGACAUGUUGCGUACACAGACAGGGUCGGUGCUGCCGUGAUGGCCUCCACUGCUGCCCCUCAGGUUUUCGCUGUGACAGCACGUCUACUCGCUGUUUCAGGGGAGAACUGAGUCUUCCUGCAUCUUCACAGAUUGCUGCCAUUCAGAGCAACAGCAUCCAGACACCUGCAGAGGAGGAACAGAAGAAUGUCCCUGCUCCUUUGGUGAAAUCUGUAAAUGAAAAAGACUCUGUGGUUUUCUGUGACAGCAACAAUUACUGCCCUGAUAGUACAACCUGCUGCAGGACUCCUUUUGGGCAGUGGAAAUGCUGCCCACACAUUGUGGGUCAGUGCUGCCGUGAUGGCCUCCACUGCUGCCCCUUUGGUUUUCGCUGUGACAGCACGUCUACUCGCUGUUUCAGGGGAGAACUGAGUCUUUCUGCAUCUCCACAGAUUGCUGCCAUUCAGAGCAACAGCAUCCAGACACCUGCAGAGGAGGAACAGAAGAAUGUCCCUGCUCCUUUGGUGAAAUCUGUAAAUGAAAAAGACUCUGUGGUUUUCUGUGACAGCAACAAUUACUGCCCUGAUAGUACAACCUGCUGCAGGACUCCUUUUGGGCAGUGGACAUGCUGCCCACACAUUGUGGGUCAGUGCUGCCGUGAUGGUCGCCACUGCUGCCCCUUUGGUUUUCGCUGUGACAGCACGUCUACUCGCUGUUUCAGGGGAGAACUGAGUCUUUCUGCAUCUCCACAGAUUGCUGCCAUUCAGAGCAACAGCAUCCAGACACCUGCAGAGGAGGAACAGAAGAAUGUCCCUGCUCCUUUGGUGAAAUCUGUAAAUGAAAAAGACUCUGUGGUUUUCUGUGACAGCAACAAUUACUGCCCUGAUAGUACAACCUGCUGCAGGACUCCUUUUGGGCGGUGGACAUGUUGCGUACACAGACAGGGUCGGUGCUGCCGUGAUGGCCUCCACUGCUGCCCCUCAGGUUUUCGCUGUGACAGCACGUCUACUCGCUGUUUCAGGGGAGAACUGAGUCUUCCUGCAUCUCCACAGAUUGCUGCCAUUCAGAGCAACAGCAUCCAGACACCUGCAGAGGAGGAACAGAAGAAUGUCCCUGCUCCUUUGGUGAAAUCUGUAAAUGAAAAAGACUCUGUGGUUUUCUGUGACAGCAACAAUUACUGCCCUGAUAGUACAACCUGCUGCAGGACUCCUUUUGGGCAGUGGACAUGCUGCCCACACAUUGUGGGUCAGUGCUGCCGUGAUGGUCGCCACUGCUGCCCCUUUGGUUUUCGCUGUGACAGCACGUCUACUCGCUGUUUCAGGGGAGAACUGAGUCUUUCUGCAUCUCCACAGAUUGCUGCCAUUCAGAGCAACAGCAUCCAGACACCUGAAGGGGAGGAACAGAAGAAUGUCCCUGCUCCUUUGGUGAAAUCUGUAAAUGAAAAGGACUCUGUGGUUCGCUGUGACCGCAACAAUUACUGCCCUGAUCGUACGACGUGCUGCAGGACUCCUUUUGGGCGGUGGACAUGUUGCGUACACAGACAGGGUCGGUGCUGCCGUGAUGGCCUCCACUGCUGCCCCUCAGGUUUUCGCUGUGACAGCACGUCUACUCGCUGUUUCAGGGGAGAACUGAGUCUUCCUGCAUCUCCACAGAUUGCUGCCAUUCAGAGCAACAGCAUCCAGACACCUGCAGAGGAGGAACAAAAGAAUGUCCCUGCUCCUUUGGUGAAAUCUGUAAAUGAAAAAGACUCUGUGGUUUUCUGUGACAGCAACAAUUACUGCCCUGAUAGUACAACCUGCUGCAGGACUCCUUUUGGGCAGUGGACAUGCUGCCCACACAUUGUGGGUCAGUGCUGCCGUGAUGGUCGCCACUGCUGCCCCUUUGGUUUUCGCUGUGACAGCACGUCUACUCGCUGUUUCAGGGGAGAACUGAGUCUUUCUGCAUCUCCACAGAUUGCUGCCAUUCAGAGCAACAGCAUCCAGACACCUGCAGAGGAGGAACAGAAGAAUGUCCCUGCUCCUUUGGUGAAAUCUGUAAAUGAAAAAGACUCUGUGGUUUUCUGUGACAGCAACAAUUACUGCCCUGAUAGUACAACCUGCUGCAGGACUCCUUUUGGGCGGUGGACAUGUUGCGUACACAGACAGGGUCGGUGCUGCCGUGAUGGCCUCCACUGCUGCCCCUCAGGUUUUCGCUGUGACAGCACGUCUACUCGCUGUUUCAGGGGAGAACUGAGUCUUCCUGCAUCUCCACAGAUUGCUGCCAUUCAGAGCAACAGCAUCCAGACACCUGCAGAGGAGGAACAGAAGAAUGUCCCUGCUCCUUUGGUGAAAUCUGUAAAUGAAAAAGACUCUGUGGUUUUCUGUGACAGCAACAAUUACUGCCCUGAUAGUACAACCUGCUGCAGGACUCCUUUUGGGCAGUGGAAAUGCUGCCCACACAUUGUGGGUCAGUGCUGCCGUGAUGGCCUCCACUGCUGCCCCUUUGGUUUUCGCUGUGACAGCACGUCUACUCGCUGUUUCAGGGGAGAACUGAGUCUUUCUGCAUCUCCACAGAUUGCUGCCAUUCAGAGCAACAGCAUCCAGACACCUGCAGAGGAGGAACAGAAGAAUGUCCCUGCUCCUUUGGUGAAAUCUGUAAAUGAAAAAGACUCUGUGGUUUUCUGUGACAGCAACAAUUACUGCCCUGAUAGUACAACCUGCUGCAGGACUCCUUUUGGGCAGUGGACAUGCUGCCCACACAUUGUGGGUCAGUGCUGCCGUGAUGGUCUCCACUGCUGCCCCUUUGGUUUUCGCUGUGACAGCACGUCUACUCGCUGUUUCAGGGGAGAACUGAGUCUUCCUGCAUCUCCACAGAUUGCUGCCAUUCAGAGCAACAGCAUCCAGAAACUAGCUGGCAUUAUACACUGCAGUGACCGAUUCUAUUGCCCGGCUGGAAAAAGCUGCUGCAAGACACCAACUGGCCAGUUGGCAUAUUACUACGAAACAAUCCUCGGCAUAAGCAAGAUGACUGCUGUGUUAGCGUUGCUCCUGGUAGGGUUGGUUUCUGGCAAUAUUAUCUGUCCAGAUGGGACAGAAUGUGAUGAUAAGCAUACCUGCUGCCCAUCUAACACUGGAUAUGCAUGCUGCCAAUAUCCAUCUGCUGUUUGCUGUCCAGACAUGGCACACUGCUGUCCACAGGAAUACCAGUGUGACCUAGAAACUCAGCUGUGUAAGAAAAAGGGGCUUCCAUGGUAUCGAAUCCCAUUCUCUUCUCAGUUAUCUGCACCGGAGGAAGAGAAAAAUGCCCCUGCUUCCCUGGUGAAGUCUGAUGAUUCUUCUGUGUCUGUGGUUCACUGUGACAACAUCUAUACCUGCCCUGAUGGGACGACGUGCUGCAGGACUCCUUAUGGACAGUGGACAUGCUGCCCAUUCACUGUGGGUCAGUGCUGCCCUGAUGGGAUCCACUGCUGCCCCUUUGGUUAUCACUGUGACAGCACGUCUACUCAGUGUUUAAGAGGAGCACUGAGGUUUCCUGCAGCUAAACAGAUUGCUGCCAUGCAGAGCAACAGCAUUCAGGAGGAAGAGAAAAAUGCCCCUGCUCCCCUGGUAAAGUCUGAUGAUUCUUCUGUGUCUGUGGUUCACUGUGACAACAUCUAUACCUGCCCUGAUGGGACGACGUGCUGCAGGACUCCUUAUGGACAGUGGACAUGCUGCCCAUUCACUGUGGGUCAGUGCUGCCCUGAUGGGAUCCACUGCUGCCCCUUUGGUUAUCACUGUGACAGCACGUCUACUCAGUGUUUAAGAGGAGCACUGAGGUUUCCUGCAGCUAAACAGAUUGCUGCCAUGCAGAGCAACAGCAUUCAGGAGGAAGAGAAAAAUGCCCCUGCUCCCCUGGUGAAGUCUGAUGAUUCUUCUGUGUCUGUGGUUCACUGUGACAACAUCUAUACCUGCCCUGAUGGGACGACGUGCUGCAGGACUCCUUAUGGACAGUGGACAUGCUGCCCAUUCACUGUGGGUCAGUGCUGCCCUGAUGGGAUCCACUGCUGCCCCUUUGGUUAUCACUGUGACAGCACGUCUACUCAGUGUUUAAGAGGAGCACUGAGGUUUCCUGCAGCUAAACAGAUUGCUGCCAUGCAGAGCAACAGCAUUCAGGAGGAAGAGAAAAAUGCCCCUGCUCCCCUGGUGAAGUCUGAUGAUUCUUCUGUGUCUGUGGUUCACUGUGACAACAUCUAUACCUGCCCUGAUGGGACGACGUGCUGCAGGACUCCUUAUGGACAGUGGACAUGCUGCCCAUUCACUGUGGGUCAGUGCUGCCCUGAUGGGAUCCACUGCUGCCCCUUUGGUUAUCACUGUGACAGCACGUCUACUCAGUGUUUAAGAGGAGCACUGAGGUUUCCUGCAGCUAAACAGAUUGCUGCCAUGCAGAGCAACAGCAUUCAGGAGGAAGAGAAAAAUGCCCCUGCUCCCCUGGUGAAGUCUGAUGAUUCUUCUGUGUCUGUGGUUCACUGUGACAACAUCUAUACCUGCCCUGAUGGGACGACGUGCUGCAGGACUCCUUAUGGACAGUGGACAUGCUGCCCAUUCACUGUGGGUCAGUGCUGCCCUGAUGGGAUCCACUGCUGCCCCUUUGGUUAUCACUGUGACAGGACGUCUACUCAGUGUUUAAGAGGAGCACUGAGGCUUCCUGCAGCUAAACAGAUUGCUGCCAUGCAGAGCAACAGCAUUCAGGAGGAAGAGAAAAAUGCCCCUGCUCCCCUGGUGAAGUCUGAUGAUUCUUCUGUGUCUGUGGUUCACUGUGACAACAUCUAUACCUGCCCUGAUGGGACGACGUGCUGCAGGACUCCUUAUGGACAGUGGACAUGCUGCCCAUUCACUGUGGGUCAGUGCUGCCCUGAUGGGAUCCACUGCUGCCCCUUUGGUUAUCACUGUGACAGCACGUCUACUCAGUGUUUAAGAGGAGCACUGAGGUUUCCUGCAGCUAAACAGAUUGCUGCCAUGCAGAGCAACAGCAUUCAGGAGGAAGAGAAAAAUGCCCCUGCUCCCCUGGUGAAGUCUGAUGAUUCUUCUGUGUCUGUGGUUCACUGUGACAACAUCUAUACCUGCCCUGAUGGGACGACGUGCUGCAGGACUCCUUAUGGACAGUGGACAUGCUGCCCAUUCACUGUGGGUCAGUGCUGCCCUGAUGGGAUCCACUGCUGCCCCUUUGGUUAUCACUGUGACAGGACGUCUACUCAGUGUUUAAGAGGAGCACUGAGGUUUCCUGCAGCUAAACAGAUUGCUGCCAUGCAGAGCAACAGCAUUCAGGACUGAUGCUGUCAGAACGAAACAGGCUGCUGACCUGACGGAUUUCACUGUGAAGAGGAGAGUAAAGCCUGCUUAACUGAUGUUCCUUUUAUAUGCAGUUUGUUAUACAAUAUAUAAUUAAUUACUUAGGUUUCAUAGUUCUAUUAAUAUUAAUAUCAAUAGUUCUAUUAUUAAUUUGUCAUUUUAAAGUAUUAAUGAAUUAAUAAACGCAACAAUGGAUAAAUGAGUGCAUGCAAGAAUUAAAAAAGAAUUAUUACAAAACUA